UUAUCCAAAAGAUAUGACUGAAUGUCCUUUUGAGGCAAAAGGUCAAAAAAGAAAAUUAGGAAAUACACAAACAGACAAUGGAAAUUCAUCUGAAUCAAAGACUAAACGCGGUCGCUCAAAAGGUUCACCACCAGAAAGUUAUGUUUGUAAUAUAUGUAAUAAUCCUGGUCAUUGGAUUCAAGAUUGUCCUGAAGCCGAUCAAAAAAGUCAACAGAAUAGAAAGCAUAGACAAAUUCCUAAGGAUUAUGUUUGUAAUUCGUGCCAAGAAGUGGGAACGCAUAUUAUUUUUGAUUGUCCUAGUUACGGAUGUAAAGAAUGCGGCGAAAAAGGUCAUCACCCUAAAGAUUGUCCGUCAACUAUGAAGACGAAAAGACAACCAGUACAACCUUGUUGGUUUUGUUUAUCCAAUCCGAAAACGGCUAGACAUUUGAUUGUAUCUGUGGGUAACGAUUUAUAUUUAUCGUUGGCCAAAGGAAGUUUAAUUGAUACUCAAAACUCUUCUGCGUCGAUUGUACCGGGCGGUGGCCAUGUUUUGUUGGUUGCAAUCGUACAUUACCCCACAUUCCGAGAAGCAUCACUCGAUGAUCAAAUUAACAUGAAAGCUGAAAUGGAUAAAUAUAAAUGGUCACUAAACCGAUUUUAUCAAGAAUACGGGGCAGGAAUGGUGUCAUUUGAAGUAUCAUUUUUCCGUAGAAAACAAUAUCAUUAUCAUGUACAAAUUGUACCAGUUCCAUUUGAACAUGAUUCUGAAAAGAUUCGUAAGGCAUUUAUAGAUGAAGCUAAAUCAGAUGAAUUAAAAUUUCACGAAGUUCAAGGAUCAUUAGAAAUUGUGCCUGUAAACUAUUUUAAAGUAGAUUUGCCAGAUGGAACUAGCUUAAUUCACGAAGUUGGUGCUAAAGAGCAAUUUGAUGUGCAGUAUGGAAGGAAAGUUCUUUGCAAAUUAUUAGGGUCGCCAGAGCGUAUUAAUUGGAGGGAAUGUAUAUUAUCUGAUGAACUCGAAACGCAAGAUGCCGAAAAUUUUAAAAAAGCAUUUACAAAGUAUGAUCCUAUGGCAAAUGUGAAAGGUGUUUAA